AUGGCAAAGAAGGUUAUAUCCGAAGAGAUGAUCGUGGACUCGGACGACGGGUUUUCGACAGAUUCCGAAGCAGAGAGAGAACUCGAGGAGAAGGCAGUAGAGUUUGUACCACCACGGAAAUACACCAAGCAGAUGGGACUGAAGAGACCAGAGGCCCUAGAAGAAGUUGGCAAAAAACAGCAAGUAUGGCUUAUCAAGCUUCCACAGGAUGUGGAUGUGUCUGAAAUCAAGUCCAUUCCGGUCACCGGUGGAGAGGACGAGUUCGAGAUAGCGGGGAAAGUGUACAGCAUAGCGAGUGACGACAGCGGCAAGGGAUUGGGCAAAGAAGGGAAAUUCACGGUGCUGGUUCCUACGAAAAAAGACGGCAUAUCAAGCUUCAAGGCCUCUGACCUGAGUAUCACCCGUUUCUUGGACGUGUGCGAGAAAGUAAAGAUCCCAAGCAUAAAGUACGACAAGGUUGUUGUCCAGCGUGAGGAUGUGGAGAAAGAGACAGGACUCAGAAUGCGUCAUUUUCCUACCGGAUACUACAUUAAGGAUUACGCCGAGGCACGGGAGCCCGUUGUGCCCGGUCCUAAGAGUGGGAAAAGCAGCAGUGAAAACAGCAAGAGUAAGAAGCACAGUAGCGACAAGCACAAGAGAAGCCACAACGAGGUAGAUGGCUCUGACGACGAGGAAGAAGAAAAGGACAAGAAGAAGAAGGACAAGAAAGAGAAGAAAGAAAAGAAGGACAAAAAGGACAAGAAAGAUAAGAAAGAAAAGAAGGACAAGAAGAAGUCGAAGAAGUCAGACUCAUAA